AUGGAUGACACUUCCUUUAAUCAGGCUGUAGCGCCUGAGAACAUUCAGUCGGGAGCUGGCUCAGAUGCUGCCGCAGAGACACCCCACGGCGCGAGUGGUUCCGGUACGAUCCCAGCCUCCCCCAGCUAUCAGAAUCAGACACGGUUAUUAAUCCCAUGGACAGAAGCCCAAUCACGCCAAGAAUCGCCCUUAAAGAAAGUUGAAGGUGUGGCUGGCUCUGACAACCCUCUUGAUGCUCCUGCUUCCCCCAAGGCCCAAAACGGCGAUGCCGAACCCGAGGAUGAAGAGAUGGGCGGCACUGAGACCGAUACCAAGCGCGAUACUGAGGGAUUAGAAGAUGCUGCUGGGGAAUCGCAACCGCCUGCGGAUGCCACAGAAGGCAUUGAAGAUGCCGUUGGAGAGGAACAGCCCGCGCCGACCAAGUCGUCUUUGGAAUCUUCCGCUCGUGAUCAACUCAUCACCCAGACCCAUGCCAUCAUCCUUCCUAGCUAUGCUAGCUGGUUCGAUAUGAACCUCAUUAAUCCCAUUGAGAAGAAGGCGCUCGCGGAGUUCUUCAACGGCCGCAACCGCAGCAAGACCCCUGCCACCUAUAAAGACUACCGAGACUUCAUGAUCAACACCUACCGAUUGAACCCCAUUGAGUACCUUACAGUCACCGCUUGCCGUCGGAAUCUCGCCGGAGAUGUCUGCGCUAUCAUGCGUGUCCACUCGUUCUUGGAGCAGUGGGGUCUGAUCAACUACCAGGUUGACCCUCAAACCCGCCCUUCUAACAUUGGCCCACCGUUCACCGGCCAUUUCAGAGUGAUCGCCGAUACCCCUCGAGGGCUUCAACCAUUCCAACCUGGCCCACACCCCACGGUCACCGCGGGUAAGGCUCAUCCAGCCACCGAUCGCGCUGCCUCCAGCACCCCUGCUUCAAAAGCCGAUCUCCACCUCGACCUUCGCCGUAACAUCUAUGACCAGAAGGCCAAGGACGUUACGCCUGCCGAUGACAAAGAGAAGCGGACCAACGGAGAUACCAAUGGAAUUGAUGCCCAAGAUUCCAAAAAGAAGUCGCAUUGCUUUUCUUGUGGAAUUGACUGCACCCGACUUCGUUUCCAUUAUGCGAAAGCGGCCCCAACGUCUGCCAACACCACCACUCCCGAUACCAAGUACGAUCUCUGCCCUAAUUGCUUCCUGCAAGGCCGCAUGCCCUCCAGCCACAAUGCUUCAGACUUUGUGAAGCUUGAGGAUAAGGCUCACACUCACGUUCCUGACAAGGAUGCUCCCUGGUCCGACUCAGAACUUCUGUUGCUCUUGGAGGCAUUAGAGAGCUUUGAUGACAACUGGGAACAGAUUGCCAACCACGUCGGUUCCCGCACCCGUGAAGAGUGCGUGUUGAAAUUCUUACAAUUGGAGAUUGAGGACAAGUACUUGGAGGAUCUGCCUGAGCUCCGCGCAGGACCUGGCCGAGAUCCAAUCAGUGCUACUGAAAAUCCUGUCUUGUCGGUUGUUGCUUUCCUCGCUGAGAUGGCGGAGCCCGCUGUGGCUGCUGCCGCAGCCGGUCGCUCCGUCGAGGAGAUUCGCAAGGAGCUGCGCAGUCAACUCGAGAAGGAUGGCAAGGGCAAGGAAUCCGUCAAGGCAGAGGACUCGAUGGAUGUUGAUCCUGUCCGAGAGGCCGAGCGGGCCGUGGAGAAGCCUAAAGAGUCUAUCGCUACUGUGGCUCUCGCCGCCUCUGCCGCGCGAUCCAGCGCCCUCGCGUCGCAUGAGGAGCGUGAGAUGACCCGCUUGGUCGGUGCCGCCGUGAACGUAACACUGCAGAAGUUCGAGAUCAAGCUUCAACAGUUCAACGAGAUGGAAGAGAUCAUCGAGGCCGAGCGCCGAGAGCUGGAGCAAGCACGCCAGCAACUCUUCCUCGACCGUAUGGCCUUCAAGAAGCGUGUGAAGGAGGCCCAGGAUGCACUGCAAGCAGUCAGCCUUCAGGGCCCUAGUGAGCACACCAACACCAUGCUCGCUAAUGCCGCUACGGCUGGUAUUGGCAACCACUAUAGCUUCCAACCUGCUGGUGCCGAUUUACGAGCUGGUGCGCAACCCUUGAGCGCUGAUGCGGGUGCCGACUUCAAGUCUCUCGACCUGUAA